UUUAAGUCGCUCCUGUGGACCUGCGUACUGAGCGGACGCGCCAUCCCGCCGUCCUUAUCCACUACUCCAGCCAUUAAAACCCAACAAAAUAUUAAUUGAAAAAUAAAAACAAUAAUAAUAAUCCUUUCCGACUUUACGAGCUUUCACUGGUCUUCCCUUUUCACCGCUUUGCACGGUCACCACCACCACCGUGCAAAGACACAACGAGCCAUGGCGCAAAAUCGGGUUCUCCUAGCGGCUCUUCUCCUCUGCUCGGCGUGUGCAGGACUGUUGGCUGAUGACAAAAUACAAUUCCGAGAAUGCCCUGUGGACUUGUUCUUUGUGCUGGACACGUCGGAGAGCGUGGCCCUCAGAGGUGUGGCACACUACUACAUCGACAAGAUCAAAGCCUUCGCCAAACGCUUUAUCGACGAAUUAAAGGAUAUUCGCCAGCCAUGUGACCGCUACAUAACGUGGAACUCCGGAGCGCUGCACUACAGUGAUGAGGUCGUUCUGGUGAGAGGAUUGGCCGAGAUGAACACGGUGGGUCGCAGCAACCUGAAAGACGCCAUCGAAGCCAUCAAAUACAUCGGCAAGGGAACAUACACCGACUGUGCCAUUAAGCAGGGGGUUGCAGAGCUGCUGAUAGGUGGCUCGUACUAUAAUGAGAAUAAGUACAUCGUGGUUGUGACGGACGGUCACCCCGUCAGCGGUUAUAAAGAACCCUGCGGAGGGAUUCAAGAGGCAGCGAACGAAGCCAGGCAUCAUGGCAUCAAAGUGUUUUCCGUGGCCAUCUCCCCUGGCCAGGAGGAAUCCAGAUUGGCUGCCAUUGCCACGAACUUCAGGUACCGGCAGAACUUCACCGCCGUAGACGCCACCAGUUCCCCACAGAUGCCCACGAUCCUCAGUAUCAUCGAAAUAAUCAACAACGAAACGAAGGAUGUGUGUUGCUCCUUUGACUGCACUGCACUCAGUGGUGAUCCUGGCCCUGUUGGCCCCCCAGGGAACAAUGGUGAGCCUGGUAGACAAGGCCUUCCAGGAGAAAAAGGAGAUACUGGGCCACCGGGAACAGUAGGUGAUCCUGGUCCAGUCGGUUACCAAGGAAUGAAGGGAGACCAAGGAGAAAGAGGACACAAGGGAGAAAGAGGUCACAAAGGCUUCAAGGGUGAGAAAGGACAAGUCGGAAGAGACGGACUCGAUGGGCGAAAGGGGGAACCAGGGUUUGACGGCCUACAAGGUUGCAAAGGGUCACCUGGGCCGGAUGGUACUCAAGGAGAACCAGGACCAAAAGGAGACCCUGGUCCUUAUGGGCUUAAAGGUGCAAAAGGAGAACCUGGACUUGAUGGUGGAGCAGGGAGACCUGGGAACUAUGGACCCAAUGGACCUAAGGGUGACAGAGGACCAAGAGGAGCUGACGGGGAUAAAGGAGAAAGAGGAGAUGAUGGACCACAAGGACCGGAUGGCCCGAAAGGCGAUAGAGGUACGCCAGGGGAGAAAGGCGAACAAGGUUCCCGUGGGAACAGAGGAUCAAGAGGAGAUCCUGGUGAACCAGGUCCUCGGGGCGAGCCUGGCCGUGAGGGAUCAGCUGGACUAAGUGGUGACCCAGGUGAGACAGGAAAGCCAGGGCCUCCCGGUUACCGUGGUGAUGAGGGUACCCCAGGACAAGAGGGUCCCAAAGGACCCAGAGGAAUAAAGGGCGCGCCGGGAGACAGAGGUCUUAUGGGAGAGAGGGGAUCAGAUGGACCGGCAGGAAACGGAACGGAGGGUUGCCAUGGUUUCCAGGGUUAUCAUGGUCCUAGGGGAGAUCCUGGAGAGCCUGGAAGCAAAGGAACUCCAGGGCCUAAAGGUGAUGACGGAGAACCUGGUGAUCCUGGAACUGACAACACUAGUUCAGGACAGCCUGGCCCGAAAGGACCAAAAGGACAUAGAGGACCUGAAGGACCACCUGGACCUCCUGGACCUCCCGGGCCUCCUGGUGUUGAUGACUGUGAGAUCCUGGAUGUCAUCAUGAGGAUGUGCUCUUGUUGUGAGUGCAAGUGUGGACCCCUGAACAUUACCUUUAUCGUGGACAGCUCCGAGAGUAUCGGCGCUAGCAACUUUGCUAUUGCUAAGGACUUCAUCAUUGCUGUCAUUGACCGACUGGUCAGAGAUCAGCAAGUCCGAUUCAGCUUGGCGGAAAGUCAUGUCGGUGUGGUGCAAUACAGUGGGGAAAAGGCUCAAGAGGUUGUGAAGCUCGGGGACCCCAACAUCUUGAAUAUUACAACGCUCAAGCAGCAUAUUAAACAGUUGCGUUGGUUGGCUGAAGCCACUUACACUGGAGAGGCCCUCGAGUUUUCAUGGAAUAACAUGAUCAACCAGCUGGGCGCGGACCACUCGAACAGUGUAGUGCUGGUCUUGACUGACGGCCGUUCAGAUACGACCCGAGAUAAAGUUCCGCUAGACACACUUUGUCGCAGAGGUCUACAGGUUGUUGGAGUAGGUGUUCUGGACUAUACAGGUAGACAGCCCAACAGCGAUCAGGUAGGAGACGUGAGCUGCUCAAGCGAUCCAACUAAACCGGGCGCCUCCUUCGUCCUGAACAACUUCGGCAUGCUGCUGGACGAUACUUUCCUCCAAAACGUGACCGAACAAAUGUGUAAAGAGAAGAAGUGCCCGAGUUACACGUGUCCAAUUUCCUUUAAGGACCCCACAGACAUCCUGGUUAUGAUGGAUAGCUCUGCUAGCGUUGGCGCCAAAAACUUCGAGCUGACCCAAAACUUCACAAAGAAACUGGUGAAGCGCUUCCUGACGGCCGAGAGAGUGAGAAACGUUCGUGUCCGCGUUGCCGUCGGCCAGUACAGCGAAAGCGCCAAACUCGAAGCUGCCUUAGAUCAAAAUUACACUGUAGUGGCCGCCAAGAUCGCAGAAGCCAAGUUCCAGAACGCAGGAACGCAGGUGACCGAGGCACUCCGUUUCGCCAUUAACCAGUUCAGGGGAGGCCCGAACAGGAAGAAGAAGCUGCUCUUGUUUUCCGAUGGCCGCUCGCAAGGUAUGAGCUCUGAGCAGUUAGUCGAGGUGGUAAGGGAAGUUCACAAACAAGGCAUUGAGGUUUUCGUUCUGGCUGUCGAGAAUCAGCUAAAUCAAUACAACCUGCACGUCUUGGCAAGUCACGAACGGGGUGAUAACAACAUCUACACAUCUCGCCAUCUAAUCAGGGCUCCUGACUAUAACUCGUUGCUUAGGGGAGUCUUUUACCAAACUGUGUCCCGGAAGAUUUCACUGGAUUGAGAAGGAAGUAGGGAUGCGGUGUCUCCUGAAUAAGCAGAUGUUUGGGCAGCGGGGAUGGGGUGGGGGGGUGAUGACUAACAAGUACAUAAUGGAACGGGGCAAUAGAGCACAAGCAACUUUUUACAUUUUUUUCAUUUCAUUCGUGAUUCAUAUUUCAGCGUACAUCACGUAGGGAUUUUCUGCGUUAUAUAUAUGAGAGGUAUGUCAUUUUAUACGCAUUUUAAAGAGUAAAGGUAUCAGUUAGAUUUCCUAGAAGGUUACGACCAUUCGUAUACGAUACUUUUUUUUUUGCGAAACAACUUGUCUAUAGUACAGAAAGAAGUUCUUUAUCGAGAUAACACGUACCGUCGCCGUCAUCCUCGCCUUCAUGCUCGUCUCCUCGGAAACAGAUCGUCUUUCUGAAGCCCGAUUUAUUACGUUCCCAUGCUUUAUGUCCUUGUUUUUAUUUGAAUCAAAAUUUCACUUGAAUGUAAAUUUGGUGCUACCAAUGUACACUCAGGCUACAUACAAAAGCAAAUUUGUUAUUGUGCCUUCUAUUUUUGUUUGGUUUUUUAAUGUGUACAAUUUUCUACGUUAUAAACGUUUUUGAAAUUAAUCCUGGGGAUGGCUGUAGAGGGAGUUUUCAAUAAAGAAUUCUUCACCCACUAAA